AUGCCCUUGAAAAAUGUCUCUUUUUCUCUGAGUCUCUCGAUUUCGCACACAAUUUUCUUCGGUUUCGGUAGAGCGAAUUUGCUACCAGAUCUUUGUGCCCAUAACUCACCCGAAUCAAAACCAGGAACCCCUUGCUCUCCUGGAAUUCCAUCCGGUCCUUCCUCUGCCUUAUCCCCCGGAUUCCCUGGUGGACCUUCUGGUCCUUCGGCCCCAUCUUGUCCAUCUUCCCCAGUUUCUCCAGUCACUCCAGGCAUUCCAACUUCUCCGGGCGGUCCUGGAGGUCCAGCUGGUCCAGGUAUCCCCACUCCACGUGUCCCAUUUGUUCCCUGUUUUCCGUCCUCUCCAGGCGGUCCGGGGAAUCCGGGGAAUCCAAUGAAUCCAGGUUCUCCAUCUACACCUGGCUCCCCAUCUUCUCCUGGUUUCCCUGGACUUCCUGGCUGUCCAUCGUCUCCUUUCUCCCCUGAUUCUCCGUCCUCCCCGGGCGGUCCAGGCUCUCCGGCAACACAUGGAAUACACUCGACGGGUCCAAUCAUUUCUUUGAAUACAUCCAUUCCAUCUGGUCCUUUUCUUCCUUGUUGUCCGUGUGGACCAUCGGAUCCUUUUCGACCGGGACGACCGCGGGGACCAUGGGGACCGACGGGACAGUUGAUGGCUGGACCCGUGUCACAGUCGCAGGGAUCUUUUUUGGGGUCAGAAGGAGGGGUUUCACGAGGGAGACGGAUGGAGGGGAGCAUGUCUUCCCAGGCUCCGUUCGCGUAG